AUGGCUGGGGAACGUGAUGCUCGUGCGAAGGAGCGUGCUAUCCUGCGUAGGGAUCAAGUCAUCGCUCGAAUUCGCCAGAUACACUUAUUGGCCACAAGCUCAGCCACUGAUGAAGCUAGUAGGUCUCAACUAGCUGUGGCUAUUGUCGAUAUUGAUAGCUUGUGGGCCAGCUUUGUUAUUGAGAACAAUAAUCUUCUAGACAUACUUACCGAAUCGGAUUUGUUGGGGGAGUUUUCUGUGAACUUAGAAACCGAGACCCGCGCUUUGGUGGUAGAAGCUAAGGCCUUGUACAAGGCAUCUCAACCAACUCCAGCUUUUAAUGUCGGUACGGUUCAACAAGUAUCGUAUGAGGGUAUAGUUGACCAAGCAAGUUCUUCUGCUGGGGGGUCGUCCAAGGAUUGCUCCCAAGAUUGCACCUAUGAGGUUGCCUGA